UUAAGGAUGGAAUUUAACCUAACCGUACCUUAGACUACGUUCUCCUAGGUUACUCUCCAUCCGAACCUUACCACCAGUCUUUCUGAAAAACCCUCGUCUCCUCGACACACACGGAGGGAGGGUUUGUUAGCAGCUGCCGCAACCCCUAAUUUCCAUAACAAGGCAAUGGCGACCUACGAUCUCACGCCUCGGAUCGCUCCGAACCUUGACAGGCACCUUGUGUUCCCUCUUCUGGAGUUCCUCCAGGAGCGCCAGCUUUACAACGAUGGCGACAUCCUCAAGGCCAAGAUCGAGCUCCUCAAUAACACUAACAUGGUUGACUAUGCCAUGGACAUCCACAAGAGCCUCUACCACACUGAAGACGUUCCUCAGGAUAUGGUGGAGAGGAGGGCGGAAGUUGUGGCGAGGCUGAAGUCGCUGGAGGAAGCAGCUGCGCCGCUGGUGGCAUUCCUUCAGAAUCCGUCCGCCGUGCAGGAGUUGAGGGCUGACAAGCAGUAUAACCUUCAGAUGCUCAAUGACAGAUACCAGAUUGGUCCUGCACAAAUAGAGGCAUUAUAUCAAUAUGCCAAAUUUCAAUUUGAGUGUGGAAACUACUCUGGUGCCGCUGAUUAUCUUUAUCAGUAUAGGGCUUUGUGCACAAAUAGUGAAAGAAGUCUGAGUGCAUUGUGGGGAAAGCUUGCAGCUGAAAUACUGAUGCAAAACUGGGACAUUGCACUUGAAGAGCUGAAUCGUUUGAAGGAAAUCAUUGACUCAAAGAGUUUUGCAUCACCUAUGAAUCAGGUGCAAAGCAGAAUAUGGUUGAUGCAUUGGAGUCUGUUCAUAUUUUUCAACCAUGACAAUGGAAGAACACAGAUAAUUGAUCUGUUUAAUCAGGACAAGUAUCUAAAUGCAAUCCAAACUAGUGCUCCACACCUUUUACGAUACUUGGCCACAGCAUUCAUUGUCAACAAGCGCAGGAGGCCUCAAUUCAAAGAUUUCAUAAAAGUUAUUCAACAGGAACAGAAUUCGUAUAAAGACCCGAUCACCGAGUUUUUGGCUUGUGUUUAUGUCAACUACGACUUUGAUGGGGCACAAAAGAAGAUGCGGGAGUGUGAAGAAGUGAUUCUCAAUGAUCCAUUCCUUGGUAAACGAGUUGAAGAAAGCAACUUUUCUACUGUACCAUUGAGGGAUGAGUUCCUUGAAAAUGCUAGGCUAUUCAUCUUUGAGACAUACUGCAGAAUACACCAACGCAUUGACAUGGCAGUUCUUGCUGAGAAGUUAAAUCUGAAUUAUGAGGAAGCCGAGAGAUGGAUUGUGAAUCUCAUCCGUAGCUCAAAGCUCGAUGCCAAAAUAGACUCUCAAACAGGAACAGUUAUCAUGGAACCCAAUCAUCCCAAUGUGUAUGAGCAGCUGAUUGACCAUACCAAGGCUCUUAACGGGCGUACCUACAAGUUAGUUAGUCAACUUUUGGAACAUUCGCAGGCGCAGGCAGCUCGUUAACUUGCUCGCUAGACGGACUUAAGAUUAAUUAUUUCAUCUUUUUAGAUCUCGUGAUUUUGUUUUGAAUGUUUUGAAUUUUAUCGAACUACAUUGGGCUGUAGCCUGUAAUCCCACCGGAAGAUGGUUUAUCAGAUUAUGUUACAUUUUGUUCCAGACUUCUAGUGUUGAUAAUCACCAUUUUGUUCAGAAUAUUUACCAUAAA